CAUUUUGUCUUCAAAGACUUUCUCUAUUGGGUAGGUAUAAACUACUGAAACAGAGAAACCCAAACCUCGCCGCCUAGAUCGAUGGAGCCUUCUUCCCUGAGAGCAAACCAAUCAUCGAUUCUAAGCGAAAUCGAACGUAUGCCAGAAGCUCCACGUCAGCGUAUCUCUCAUCACCGUCGAGCUCGCUCGGACACUUUCUUCUCCGGCGAAUCAAUUGACGAUCUGCUCCUUUUCGAUCCUUCCGAUGUUGAUUUCUCUUCUCUCGAUUUCCUCAAUGCUCCAACACCUCAAACACAACCACAACCGUCUCCGAUGUCCGUCGAUUCACCUCCGGAAGAAACCUCAUCCAACGGUGCUCCCCCAAUUCCUCUUCCUCCUGGCCGUCACGUUCGAAGCUUCUCAGUUGAUUCCGAAUCCAAUUUCUUCGACGAUCUAACGGCCACUGAGGAUACUCAAUUCGCCCGACCUACAAGCUCUGGAGGGAGAAAGGGUCAUCAUCACCGGAGUAAUUCUGUUGAUGGAGCUACAAGUUCGGGUUCGUUUAACAUGGACUCGAUUCUAGCCGCCGUCAACUGCAAAGACGGUGCUAAGAAGAACAUGGGUAUGGCUAGUGACAGACUCGCCGAGCUUGCGUUGCUUGAUCCCAAAAGAGCUAAAAGGAUUCUAGCAAAUAGACAAUCGGCGGCUAGGUCAAAAGAGAGGAAGAUUAAGUAUACUGGUGAGCUGGAGAGGAAAGUACAAACACUUCAGAACGAAGCAACUACACUCUCUGCUCAAGUCACUAUGUUGCAGAGAGGAACAUCAGACCUGACCACUGAAAACAAACACCUCAAAAUGCGGUUGCAAGCAUUAGAACAACAAGCUGAACUUAGGGAUGCUUUGAAUGAAGCACUGCGGGGAGAACUGAACCGACUGAAGAUAGCCGCUGGAGAAAUUCCUCAAGGGAACGGAAAUUCAUUCAACAACAACCGCUCGCAAUUCUCAUCUCAGCUGGGGAACAGCAAGAACCAGCAGAUGAGCACAAAUGGGCAGCCAUCGAGCUUCAUGGAUUUCAACAAGAGAGGCUAAGUUCCCAAUCUACUCAUUUGGGGAUAUGCUAUAUUGGAUGUAUGUAUGUUUAUGUUUGUUUUAUGGUUUGUGUUAAGUAGUUUGAUUGUAUGUCUAUGGCGUUGUAUGUUCAUAUCCAUAUCACGGUCCUCAUAUAUAUUAAGAGUAGUAACUACUGUAAUACUUCUCCAGACAUCUUUAUUGCAUACAUAUUUACACGAAGUUUAGCA